UUGGUAGAGCGUGUGUGUGUGUGUGUGUUUUCUUUUCUCAUCACACAGAAAAGGCUGGCAAAACAAAACACAAAACCAUCUGUGGUGGUCGUUUUUUAUUCGUGGCCAUUCUGCAGCUUCCACCCAUUCGACUAGUGUUCUUCGACUACGGCCCUGUGUUGUCUAAUAUACAAAUCCAAAGGACUACGGAUUGUUUGCAUCGAUCUGCAAACGUACCACCUGAGUAAGGCAACACAACCGGAAAGAGAGCAACGACCGCCGCGCGGUGAAGGAAACGACAACCUUCCAAUCUCACACCCGGAAGAAACAAUGGUGUGCGUGCCGUGCUUCAUCGUGCCCGUGCUGCUCUACCUGUGGCACAAGUUCGUACAGCCGAUCCUGCUCAAGUACUGGAACCCCUGGGAGAAGAAGGAUGCGGACGGCAACGUGAUCAAGACGGAGCCGAAAAAUCCGUUCGACUGUACCGGGGGGGUGUGCCGGUGGGCAGGCAAGAAGACAGCUGCGCCGCCCGGUCACGACCCGGUGGGCCCGACGGUCGCCGCCGAUGCCGCAUCCUCCGACGAUGUCGACGAUGCUGCCAGCAGCAAGAAGACGCUAUAGAUAGACGCGAUGGUCGAUUUACUUGCUUGACUUACGCCGCAUCUGAACACAUAUGUAUUUUCAUGUGCUCCCCGCAUGAGUCAUCUACCGCGUGUCUACCUAUGCUGAGCAUUGGCGGGCGUUUGAAGUGAGAAGACGAUGUAGGGGGGCCACCGGAAACCACCAACCAUUCAGCAACAUUCGAAAGCAAUCAAACCGACUAUUAGUAACUCUGUUGGAUGAAGUCAUGAGUCAUGACCGAUUAAAUAUCGAUUCAUGCCUAGCGGGCAGCACAGCAAAAACUGCCACUUUCCCGGACCGUGUGAUAACCGAUGGAGCCGUUGGUUGCAGUUGCCGUUAGCAAAUAGCGGUGAAUCAAGCUUUUGUUCAAGUUUUAUUUCGAUUAAAAGGAGCGUUUAAAUUUUAAAUACAUUCGUACAGCCACCGCAAACCAGUUCAAUUUGUAGUUGCGUUUUCCCUCCUCGAUGGACAGCGAACAGAUAGAGCUGCUAGGCGUGGGGUAUAUUUAUGUGUAUUCGCUCGCCAGACGACGCGACGCAAACAUCCAGCACCGGAACAAAUAAUAACAACAAUACGCGCGUCAAAACACUGUCGGGAGGGCUUACUUUGAUCCGUCUGUUUAUGGCGACAUACAGGUCGGCAAGCAGACAUCCGUGGAAAGUGUUUUUCAAUCGAGCUCUUUGGGAGGGCUUCGCGUCGCGGAGUCUGGAGCGAGACAUGGUAACGUAUUGUAUAAUUAAACUAUUCAACGUACCUGCACAUCGUGUCGUUAAUCUUAGAAACAGGGGUUUGCAUGUGAACAAUGUUUCAAUGGUAUGUUUUUUUGCUCAGAUUGUUUCAGUUUUUUAUGGCAGCGCUGCAGCCAAUGGUAUUUAACUAUUUUUAAAUUUGAAAAAAUCAAUUAUAUUUAUUUAAGACAUUUGUAGUUCAAAGGAACGCCAACUUCAAAUUUUAAUCUCUUUAGAAGUAGAAAUAUGUUAAAGUACAAUAUGUCAUAUUUGUUUUAUUAAAACAAUACAAAUCCGUAUAUUUGCUUAAAAACUAUUCCCAAACUUAUCAUGACCUUCAAUGUGUUUUUAUUCGUUAUUUGUUUUAUUUCAUUAUUUUCUAUCAAUUCUAUGUAGUUUAUGAAAAGACUCAUGAUUUUCUGCCAUUUUGCUUAUUUACGUCUCUCAGUCAAGAGCCAGCUUAAUAAUAAGGUACAAUACAGAGUUUUCCAAUUUCAUUUUAUUGACUCUUCCAUACGUGAAAUGAACUUACACUUAAUGUAAUGGGAAUUGGACUUUAUAGCACCCUUGUUUGACAAAUAGGAAUUUUCAAGCAGCCAGACCAAAAAGUGUACCAUAGAGUCCAAAUUCCAACAUAUGAAGUUCACUUCCAAUAGGAAAGAGUAUCGAUGAGAAUUCUGAAGAGAAUUGAAUAAACUAAUGUAGUUUCUAUAACUGUG